AUGUCAGGUAGUAAACAUAUACUCCGUAAUGCCCGCCCAACUCGUCUCGAAAUUCCUUCCAAUUCCCAUACCCCUUCUUCCUCAGCUCCUUCAUCCCUUUCACCACUUAUCGUCCCUGCUCCAAAUUCUUCGAGUAGUUCUAGUGCGACGCAACAGCAACAGCGCUUGACUACUGAACUUAUCACGGCUAUGGGAAAACCAAACCAUCAGCCACCAGCUGAAGAAAACGGAAGUCUUUUUCAAAACGAAACCAUUAAAAGCGUAUCCGUUCCAGACGGUGAGGAUUCAGUGGAAAUAAAUCCUGAACACUUUAUAGAGCUGGUUAGAUUGGGUGAGGGCGCCGGUGGUACAGUGACUAAAGUAAAACAUAUUGGAGACGGACGCAUAAUGGCAAAAAAGAAAAUUAAUGUUGACCCAGAGCCAAAUAUACAUAGGCAAAUUCUUCGUGAACUUCAAUUUCUUCGAACAUGUCAUUCACCAAAUAUCGUGGCAUAUUUUGGAGCUUCAUUAGAAGAUAGCAAUUCAUCGAUCGCGAUUUACAUGGAAUAUUGUGAGGGUGGUAGUUUAGAUGCCAUUUACAAAAAUGUGAGCAAAAGAGAAGGAAGGAUCGGAGAAGUAAUUCUUGGGAAAAUUGGCGAAUCAGUUAAAGUAGCAACUAAUGAAAUAUCUUCUUUCUCUGGUAAAUUAGUCGCAUCAAUGGCAGAAACUUUUUUGGGGACUAGUUAUUAUAUGGCCCCUGAACGAAUUCGAGGUUUGCCAUAUAAGGUAUCUGCUGACGUAUGGUCUUUGGGAUUAACGAUAAUGGAAGUUGCAGAAAAUAAAUUUCCGUUUCCUUCUGUAUUGUCCCCGAUCGAAUUAAUUACGCAUAUUGCGAACAUGCCUGCUCCCACACUUAGUGCAGAGUGUGAAUGGAGUGAAGAACUUCAAGAUUUCUUAAAAAUUUGUUUGGAAAAGAAUGGAGAGUUACGCCCUACACCUAAACAAAUGCUUGAUCAUCCAUUUAUCCAAUUGUCAUUACAAAGACGUGUGAAUUUGAAUUUAUGGAUUAAACAGGUUUGGGAAUGGGAUGAAUGA